UUGUUUUCUCGCGUCGCGUCUCUCGCGUUCAAUUUGGAUGGGGUGUCCCUCCCUCUCCUCCGGUAACCUCAUUUAUUGUGUGCUACCCACGGGUCCCUUGAAUUGAAUAUGUGGACCACGAAUGAUAGUAACACUGGAUUCUAAUGUAGCUAUGUAGAAAUAUUUGUAUCCGCAGCACAAGAGAUCAACCGACAGACAGCACGAGGCCGCAUCUCAUCUCCUGUGAACUUCACACCAAUGGCUGAUUCAGACAGCACGUCUACAUCUGAUCGAAAGCCGCACUGCCCACAUACACCUGUCCCACUUUCAUUGCCUUUCCUGAGAGAGGGCAGUAAUGUCUUGGAGAGGAAACCGCCCCAAACAGGGGAACCACUUAGUCCACUGCCAACCAAACGCACACGCACCUAUUCAACAUCCAUAAGAGCCAAAUCUGGACCUGUAUUCAAGGGCAUUUGCAAGAACUUCUCAAGGUCACAAGGUCAUGGAUUCAUUUGCCCCUCCCAUGGAGGAGAAGACAUAUUUGUUCACAUCUCAGAUAUUGAGGGGGAAUAUGUGCCAAUGGAGGGGGAUGAGGUGACCUACAAAGUGUGCCCUGUUCCUCCCAAGAACAUAAAGUUCCAAGCCGUUGAGGUGGUCAUCACCAACCUGUCUUCCGGAAGGAAGCAUGAGACCUGGUCUGGGCAAGUUAUCAGCUCCUAGCUCACACAUUCAGAGCCCAAUAGAAGAAUAAAGGCAGAGAGGGAUAGGAAGGGGUUUAACUUGAGGUGCUCAUGUUGGCGUAAAAUAGUGUUGUGUGUAAGUAGGAUAGGGAUGGAAUAGCAAUUAUGUUUAUGCAACUGUUGUUUUCUCCAGUCUGGCAAAUAAGCAACAGGAAGUUGGUGAGAAGUCUGUUUGGAAAAUGUUUUGAGAUGCAAGUCAGCUGAGCUUUAAUAUAGCAUUUGCCGAACAUAACAUAACAUAACUGUGAAAAAAAAGCAGCAGUUUCUCUUGUUUAUUUGAAAUUUUGUCCUUUAUAUGUAAUUAAUUAUGUAUUUAUUUUUUCUUUAUGUACAGAGACUUUUAAGUUUAUUGUGAUGUGUAUGUCCAAGUCAUUUAUGUAAAACCAAUUUCCUUAAAUAAAUUAAUGCACAUCAAUGAAAA